AUGCUUUUGGGUCUACGGGUCAAUGGGAGAGUCGUCGUAGGACCAUCCGAGAUUAGUGCAAGUGCAUGGACCACGUUUUUGGGCCGUCAACCUCCAGAAAAUCACAUUAAAGGUAGACGUGUUCGUAUCUCUUGGUUAAAACAAAUACUAGAAGAAACUCUAAUAUCUGAAAAUACCUCCCAUGACAAACUCAUUAUAUACACAAGAAUUUAUAUUAUAUUGUGCAUCUCCCUAACUUUAUUCCCUGAUAAAUCGGCAAAAGAUGUACAUAGUAUGUGGAUACCAUUUGUUCAGGAUUUUGGUCAGUGUGGUGAAUAUAGUUGGGGAUCAGUUGUGUUAGCGUAUCUAUAUAGGGAAAUGUGCAAAGCAGUUGACGUUGAUGUUGAUGGUAUGAGGGGGUGUGUUAUUCUACUACAAACAUGGGGAUUUACACGAUUACCAUUUAUAGCACCAAUUACUUCUGCAGUUCCAAGUCAUCCAUAUGCAUCAAUAUGGGCUUCGACCAACAAGAAAAAAAAUUGCUCUAGAAAUCCUCGUCACUACCUUGAUGGGUAUCGUGUCAUGCUCGAUCACAUGUCGUCAACAAACAUAAUUUUGGUUUGA